AUGAACAAUACACAGACCAGUAAUCCUCGGUCAGCUCAAAGCAAAUACAAGAACCGCGAAGAUCUAGCCGCCACCGGUGAGAGGCUGAAACUUUCAGCUCAUGUGCCACAAGGAAUGGGAGGUAUCUAUACUUUUCCGUUGGAGCUUCCCUUCCGACAAGGCGACGAAGGGAUCGUGAAGACGACCAUCAUCGGCACUACCGGAUGCUCGACAUGUGUGGGAGUGUACAUCCCUAUCGACGACGACCGCUGCUUUGCGGCACAUUUCGACGGAGCUUCGUACAAGCGACCUAGGAAUAGCAGCGUCUAUCAAGUGCCGGAUGCACUGGCCGAAUACUUCAAACUUGCUGUCAAGACUUCCUUGGAUCACGUGUUCAAAGGUAAAGAACAGGAUGUCGAGACCAUCCGACGUCGAGAGGAUCUCAAGGCCAGAGCUGUGGUUGUAUCGACUUGGCUGGUAGUUGGUGGGCAAAAAGGACCAGGCUUUUACAUCAUCGAUGUCUUGUGCGAUUACUUCCAGCUGGACAAGCUGAAGCUGGCGAGUAAAUGCAGUGCACAUCACGGGUUCGUCGUCGAUCACUGUGAUCAGUCAUCCCAGAGCCUUCAUUUGCUGGGCUGGACACGGCCUGCACCAGACGAAAAAGUGUUUGAUGAGAUUUCCAAGCUCGCUGAUAGCUGCCCAGAGCCUGGGUGGGAUGAAAAGUUCAUGUCAAUCUACAGGACGACGUACGAGUGGGUGAUGCCUUGGAAUGCUGGAUGGUGGGCAAGACCGCUCCUGAAUGCCGGAGAAAAGAAACCAUUUCGUUUCCGAUAUUACCAUGACGAGGCUGAAAGUGGUAAGGGCCGGGGAAAGUGGGGAGUUGGACCAUGA